AUGGAGACCCUUCACGCAGUUGGAAUAACCCCACUUUCUGUUCUUGCUAAAAGAAAUAAACCAAGAAAAAAUUCAUCACUUGCCUCAAUUCCACCACUGAAGAACCAAAAUCUUGCCAUUUCUUUAUCAAGAAAUCUUGAAGGGGGAUUAGUCCUUUUAUCUACGGUUCUCGAUUUCGGGUUAGCAAAAGCAUUAACGUACGAUGAAGCUUUACAGCAAUCAGCGACCAGUUCUUCCACCACUGAUUUUGAUCCAAGUGGAGUAUUUGAUAGUGUGAUCAAUUUUGUUGUGGAUAAUCCUUUAAUUGUUGGUGGUGGUGCGGUGAUCUUGGCGGUGCCGUUAGUGGUGGCUCAGUUGUUGAGCAAGCCUAAGCCAUGGGGAGUGGAGAGUGCUAAGACUGCUUAUACAAAACUGGCUGAUGACUCCAAUACUCAGUUGCUUGAUAUAAGAGCACCAGGGGAGUUGAGGCAAGUCGGGAGCCCAGAUGUCCGGGGCUUGAAGAAGAAGCCGGUGGCGGUUGUAUACAAAGGCGAAGAUAAGCCUGGGUUCUUGAAAAAACUGGCAUUGAAAUUCAAAGAACCUGAAAAUACCACACUGUUCAUUCUGGACAAAUAUGAUGGCAAUUCCGAGCUUGUUGCAGAGCUGGUAACAGCCAAUGGCUUCAAAGCUUCUUAUGCUAUUAAAGAUGGUGCAGAAGGACCACGAGGAUGGAUGAAUAGUGGCCUUCCUUGGAUACUUCCAAAGAAGACAUUGAGCCUAGACAUAAGCGAUUUUGCAGACGCAAUCAGUGAUGCUUUGGGGGAGACUUCUGAUGCUACGUCUUUGACCCUUGGUGUUGUUGCUGCUGCCGGUCUAGGAUUACUGGCCUUUACAGAGGUGGAAACAAUUCUCCAACUUUUAGGAUCUGCUGCUCUCAUCCAGUUCGUUAGCAAGAAAUUCCUGUUUGCAGAGGAUAGGAAGCAAACUCUACAACAAGUUGAGGAGAUCUUAAACACGAAAGUUGCCCCUAAAGAGCUUGUGGGUGAUAUACAGCAAAUUGGUAAGGCCAUUCUACCAUUGACUGCGAGUACCAAGGCUCUGCCCGCCCCUGUAGAGGCAAAUCCUGCUCCCGCUGAUACUAGCGUUCAGAAAUCUGAGUCCAUCCCCGAGGUAAACAAUGCUCCACCCAAAGUCGAAUCAGCUCCCGAGCCCACUACAGAAGUCAAUUCAGUUCCCAAAAUAGAAGUUCAAGAAAAAUCCCUUCCUGGAAUUUCUAGGCCACUUUCACCAUAUCCUAAUUACCCAGAUUACAAACCACCAUCCUCGCCUAUACCAUCACAACCAUAG